UCGCUACACCUCGCUAAGCUCUUCGAAAACUUUCCGUAAAUCGCUAACGAAGCCGCUUUGUAUUGUCGAGCUGCUUGUACGUGGACUGCACAGCACGAGAAGCGGGGUUGACUUUUAUCAGUGGCCAGGCACUCAACAUGGCGACGGGACCGUAUAACUACUCGUAUAUCUUCAAAUACAUCAUAAUCGGUGACAUGGGAGUCGGAAAGUCUUGCUUGCUGCACCAAUUCACCGAGAAAAAAUUCAUGGCUGAUUGUCCGCACACGAUUGGAGUCGAGUUCGGUACUCGGAUCAUCGAAGUGUCCGGACAGAAGAUCAAACUCCAGAUCUGGGACACGGCUGGGCAAGAAAGAUUCAGAGCAGUGACGAGGAGCUAUUAUCGAGGAGCUGCUGGAGCUCUGAUGGUGUACGAUAUCACUAGACGUAGCACAUACAAUCACUUGAGUAGUUGGCUGACGGACGCGAGAAAUCUGACGAAUCCAAACACGGUCAUCUUCCUAAUCGGGAAUAAAUCGGAUCUCGAUGCACAACGAGAUGUGACAUAUGAGGAGGCGAAACAGUUUGCGGAAGAAAACGGACUAAUGUUUCUCGAAGCGAGCGCAAAAACGGGCGAGAAUGUAGAAGAUGCGUUCUUGGAAACAGCCAAGAAGAUCUAUCAGAACAUCCAGGAUGGAAGUUUGGAUCUAAACGCUGCCGAGUCAGGAGUUCAGCAUAAACCGGCCAGCCCUCGGCAGGACUUGCGAAACGAUCAACAACAGCAGCAAGACAAAUGCUCGUGUUAGCGUACUAUCAAUAUAUGUUGUCCGAUCAAAUUGCUUAUUUUCAGUUGGACCUAUACACUUGUGUGGGCGUGCAGUACUUGACGUUUGACGUAGUAGUUGACUUUGCUAAUGUUUGUGGACACAACUUGUUUUAUCAAUAAAAGGGGCAUGAUGUGGUA